AUGGGUGACUCCAAUAAUGAUGUAAUCGAUUUGAUUGAAAUCAAUAUGCACACUUCUGAAGAAUUCCAGGGCGACGCAUCGCCAUUGGAGCAGCCGCAAGAGAACGAUCGAGAACGUGAGAAUAGCCGCUGUCAGGAGGCGAAAGAUCACGAUCUUGAGAAUCAGCAGGCCCAACCUGAUGAAAACCUUAAACAAGACACGCAGCAGGAGAAGAGUGUCGUGGAGGACCCCACGGUGAUAAUUCAGAAGCUUCAACAACAAAUGGAGGAGCUUCAGAAGAACAGUCAGCAGCUACUCAAUCAACUUGCAGAGAUCAAAUCGCAAAAUGUAUCGAUUCAGAAGACAAAUAACGAGCUUCAGCCUCAAAACCCUCAAGUGGACGAGGCAUCUACAAAAGUUAACCAAAUUCUAAAAAAAUUAGAAUGGCAGAUUUCCAAAAAUGCGACCUUAGAAGACCAUCUGGAAGAGCAGGACAAAUCCACGAAGUUUAUCAUUCAGGAACUAGAACAGCAAAUUGCAGAGCUUGAUCUUGGUCUUCUCCGCAAUGAGCUUGAGGAGAAGGAGCGUGCAUACCUAGAGGAAGUAGGCCGACUGAGACAGAGAGUUGAUAACCUUUACACCAAUAUUACGUGUUCCCUUUGCCAAGCUCCCUGGACAUCUGAGGGGGAACAUCGUCUGAUUUCGUUGUACUGUGGACAUCUAUUUGGGAAAAGAUGCAUUGAGCGACUCUCUGAAUGCCCAAUUUGCGGAUUGGGAUUUGGUUCAACAGAUAUGCGCUACAUCUAUGGUCGCAACAUCUUGCCAGCAGAUUAG